CUGAAAGUGUAGUGAACUAGUUCAAAAAGAUGGAGCGCUGGGACUCACUGGGGUUUUUGAUUAUCACUCUCAACUACAAUGUUACGAUUGUAGGAAAGAUCUGGCUAACAUUAGUAAUCUUGCUGAGAAUGGUGGUGAUAGUAUUAGCGGGAUACCCCCUCUACCAAGAUGAACAAGAACGGUUUAUCUGCAAUACCUUACAACCAGGAUGCUCUAACGUGUGCUAUGACAUUUUCUCUCCUGUCUCUCACUUUCGAUUCUGGCUCAUUCAAACAGUGUCUGUUCUGCUACCUUAUGCUGUAUUCAGCAUCUAUGUUCUGCACAAAGUAGCCAUCCAUGUUGUGACAGCACAUUGUUUGCCAUAUAGAUAUGAAGGAAUGAAGGCUUUAGCUGGCCAUUCAGCCUUGAAGGAACGCUGCAAAAACAUUGCAGUCACUAGACCAUCCUGCAAGGCAGAUCUUCUGAAUAUCCCUGAUUUUUCUUGGGAAUACACUGUUCACCUUUUUCUAAGAACACUGGCAGAGGCUAGCUUUGGAGCUGGACAGUAUUAUCUCUUCGGAUUUUUUGUUCCUAAACGCUUUUCCUGUUACCAGUCUCCUUGUACCAGCAUGGUCGAUUGCUACAUCUCCAGGCCUACUGAAAAAUCGAUCAUGAUGAUUUUCAUUUGGGGGGUGAGUGGCCUCUCUUUUCUGCUUAGCCUUGUUGAUCUAGCCUUUGCCAUCCAAAGAAUGGCAGUAAGAAAUGGACAAAAUAAACCGAUGGAAGGUCUCCAUGCAGAGGAUGAGCACAGUUCAGUUCAGCCUGCAGCUGACAAGCAGGAGGAUUCUCUACCACUUCCAGAGGACAGAGGCCAUCAACAUCUAGUGACACACAACAGUCAUACUAGUGAAGUGUCUUGCUCACUUCAUUCUGAAGAUGAAGAAGAACUUCAGGAGGAAGAGAAGAUCGUCUCCCAGCAAACUGCCAUCUCUAACCUCAACAGUAACAGCAAUAAGCCCUGUCUAGCAGACAGCCUUGCUGCUAAUCAAGGCAGUAAUGAAGUGCCCCUGUGUAUAAGUGACCAGCACCAUAUUCCAUACAAGCAGCUGAGACAUGGGCAACAGCAAACCUUCACCAAAGAGGCUUCCCUAACUUUGAGACCCCAAGUCAAGUCCCAUCUUGGGGUUUACUCUUCUGGAAGUCAGAGCAAGCUUUUAGGGUGUUACUCUUCAGCUGAGCUAAAAGCUUCUAUUGGGCAAUCAAGUUGUAGCAGUGCUGGCUACUUGGGAUCAAAAAAAUCAGAAUGGGUGUAAAGAGCCGUGAUAUUGCAUUUACUUCUCCUGGAAUGACACACAUUUCACACCAUCUAGUCUGACAUCAAAACCUCAGUGUUGGUUAAAUUCCGUUUUUGUGCCUGUAAAAAUAUAAUUUUAUAAAACAUCCCUCUGGCGGAAUGAAGAACAGGAAGCAGAACUUGCUGUGACUUUGACAGGAUUGUAUGGAAAUCCUUGAUAAUACCGUGUGGCAGAUUUCAUUAAGAUGGUAACUUUUGCUGUUUGGAAUGUUUGAUAUUGAAUAUUAGGGAUCUUUCUAACCACUACCACAGAUUUAUGCUGAUGUGGCUUCUAACAGUCUUUUCAGAUAUAUAUUCAUUUCAUUAUUGUUGUAGUCAAGCAUAAUAUUUUUCUUUAUAUUAGUUGAGCUUGUUUAGCUUUUCAUGUGUGACAGUGAUGUGUUUUAUCAUUUCCUGGAGAGGAACCACAUUAAUUAUUAAACUGAUCAUAGAUAGAAAAGCAUUAAAUAUUUAGUUCUCUAGUCCGUGAAGUCUUUUUAAUGGGAUCUGUGUUGAUUAUGCUGUAAUAUCACAAAUAUUAGGACAAAGAAACCUUUUGUAAGUCAUUGUAUUUUAUCAGCUGUGAGAAGGAAUGCAGGGAACAAACAUGGAUUGAAUGUAUCUUGUAUGUCUCUCAAACUGAUACAUGGACAGACAGGUGGAUAAAUAAUGCAGACGCUGUGGCAGAACUCUGGAGCUUGUUUAUUUGUCUUUAUACCUAUCUAUUUUUAAAUGACUAGAGUCUCCAAUAUAAAUCAGAAAG